AUGUCCACUUAAAAGGAAGCCUGAGACUCGGUUCUGUAGGGGGGACCGGCGGAACCCACAGGCCUCAACGUCAUGUUUAAGUGUGAAAAACGUCAAAAAGUCGGCAACGAGUCCUUUAUCAAGUCUAUUGGCGACGGCAAUGCAGAAAAGCGCAGGACCACAUUUUUCAGAGUUGGUAUCAGCUUAGGGAUACUCUCUGCACAUUUUGGGGGGACAAGGAUUCUAGACCAGAAACCCCACACGUUGGACAUGGGGAAGGAUUACUACAAGAUCUUGGGACUCGCCUCUGGCGCCAAUGAGGAUGAGAUCAAGAAGGCGUAUCGCAAGAUGGCGCUGAAAUACCACCCAGAUAAGAACAAAGAUGCCAACGCGGAGGAUAAGUUUAAGGAGAUUGCCGAGGCCUAUGAUGUUCUGAGUGACCCCAAGAAAAGGGCUGUGUACGACCAGUAUGGGGAGGAAGGGCUAAAGACAGGAGGCGGAUCUUCUGGUAAUACCGGCAGCACUUUCCACUACACUUUCCAUGGUGACCCUCACGCCACAUUCGCGUCCUUCUUUGGCGGAUCCAAUCCCUUCGAUAUCUUCUUUGGUUCCAGCCGUUCCCGGAUGUCUAACGGGUUUGACCACGAAGCCAUGGAUAUCCAUGAAGAUGAGGACGAUGUGUUUGGGGGAUUCGGCCGCUUUGGUUUUGGUGGUGUCAAUGGGUUUCACAAGCGGCACCAGGAUCAGCUGCACUCCCGGCGUAAAGUGCAGGACCCCCCCGUGGUGCACGAGCUGAAAGUGUCCUUGGAGGAGAUCUACCAGGGCUGCACUAAGCGCAUGAAGAUUACGAGGCGGCGGUUGAACCCGGACGGGCGAACGGUGAGAACUGAGGACAAGAUCCUUAAUGUGGUCAUCAAGAAGGGCUGGAAAGAGGGGACUAAGAUCACCUUCCCCAAGGAGGGAGACGCCACUUCUGAAAACAUCCCAGCAGACAUUGUGUUCCUACUCAAGGACAAGCCUCACGGGCUCUUCAAGCGGGACGGCUCCAACAUCGUGUACUCGGCCAAGAUCACUCUGAAAGAGGCUCUGUGCGGCUGCACCGUAAACAUUCCCACCAUCGACGGGCGCGUCAUCCCCCUGCCUUGUAGUGAUGUCAUCAAGCCUGGCGCCGUGAAACGACUGCGGGGCGAGGGGCUGCCCUUCCCCAAAGUGCCCAAUCAGAGGGGGGACCUUAUUGUAGAGUUUCAAGUGCGCUUCCCAGACAGAAUACCUCAGCCCACCCGGGAACUCCUCAAACAGCACUUUCCCUGUUCCUAGUGGCUAUGGGGGUCGUUGUGGCCAAAGCAAUACUGACCGGUGCCAAGUCGUCUCGCUGACACUCUCUCCACUCACGGAGCUGAAACCUCUGGUUUGUCUGUACUGCCGUCUGUCUGCUCCAGCCUUCACUCUAUGCAGAAGUCCUCUCCACCCUGGACAAUGGAACCACAACGUUGUCCUCAAACGUCACCCUGAAACUAUGGAACUGGAAUGAGAUUUCUGAAAGAACCAGAACAGGAACUUUAGUCUUGAGAUGUUGGAACUGGAACGUUACCCUUGAAACACCGGUUCUGGGACUUUAUUCGUGGGGUGUCCCAUACGUUACCUCUACCGGAGCCAAACAGGUCACUUCUCAACAUCACAACUGCCUACAACUCAAGGAUUUGGACAGGUCCCUCUGACAAAACUGACUCUUUUAAUGAUUUUUAAUUGUGACACAAACUUUAUGUAAAUGUAAGAAUUUUUGAAAAGAAAAAAAAAAUUGUAAAUAUAAUUUAAAUUUGGCCGGAAAUUUUACCAUUUCUACCGGCUGAGCCGAAAUAAAAGAAAAAACGGAUCCUAGA